AUGUCUCAGUCCAGCUCCGCCGCGCUCUUCUAUCUUGUCCAGAUCAUGAGCCGCGUCUGCUUCGACUACACGCCUGACUGGCAACGCGGAAACCCGAACAGCUACAUCGACAUGGUCAAGCUUCCCAAAGGCUACGGCGUGGAGCAGGGAUCGACUAUUCAAAUCUACGCUGUCGAUCCGGACGAUGGUAACCAGUACCUUAUCGCGCGUUGGUGUUAA